AUACACAUGCAUUCCGGCGUACGCUUGGCUUCGUUGACCUACUACUUAAGAUACACACGUGACACCAUCUCGAAAAGAGAGGGAAAACGUCUAGUGAGAUCGAAAAACAACAAUACCACCCCCCAUUCCCCCCAAACCGCUUCCCCUUCCCACGCACGAUCUCCUAACCAUGGAUGAUCAAGAAAAGUUUGACACAGGAGGGAAAGCAGGGCUCCAAAAGCCAGCUAACCCUGCUAACUUGAGACAGUCUAGCACGAAGCGAGAUAUGUACAACACGAUCUCGAGCACGCCACUCCAGCCGCACCAAUUGCCACGUCGUGGUACCAAAACUACAGCAAGAGGACAAACAGGCUCAGCCAACAGUAGCCCCUGGGGCGAAGCGGCAGCGACUAGUACCCCAGAAAUGCAACUGCUCCGCGACAAAUUCGCUGAACACCCUUAUCCGAUUGCGCCAGUCUCCGAUCAACUGGAUGUUACCAGCAUCCCGAUGUCAUGGCCCAGCACCCCAGACAUGGAACGACACGCUGUACCAAUGGAAGACAGCACACACACCACAAAUCCUCAACACUCCCCAGAAGCCGAACACCAAGAACGGUCCGACUCGGAGAACGAAGAGAUGUGGAUGGAAGACCCGACCCCCGAGGAUGAGGAACACGACAGGAACUGGAAGCUUUUGGAAGAUGCGUCCACGAGUAUGAACGAGGUUACGGAGAGACUAUCACUUGUCGCCCAUGCAGGCUUGUGGGAACAACUCCUCCCGACGUACUCCCAUUGGUUCGCAGGACUGCCCAAAGCCACAUACAAAAGCCGUGGCAAGAAGAUGACCUAGAAAGCCGUCUGGUGGAGGCAGAAGCCAAUGUCUCCAACCUCGCUUCAACAAACGCUUACCUAUCCAAUUGCUUGAAAUCCUUAGAAUCCAAGGUGACCACGGCCCAAACCCAACCCCUGCCAGAGAGGGACCCGGAUACCGUAGCGAAACCAAUGGUGGCCCUGACCGAGUCUUGGGCAAGCGUAGCAGCAAAGAAUCCACCGAAACCGCAACCCAGACUGUUGGGAUACGAGUCACAUGACGAAACUGAACCGGAAUAUCCGGGAAUAUUCUAGGGGUUACUAGGUGCCUGUGUAAGCGCUGGGCAUAGAAGAACCUGGAAUGUUAUUCAGGAGUUUAAACAUGGGUGCUUUAGCACUGUAUGUUCUUUAGUUAGUUACAGUUUCUCUUCUCAUUUCUAUAUUACAUCUGGGUUGCGAG